UUGCAAGGCUGCCGAUCGCUGAUGCAGUUUUGUAGCCUGUUUUUGUGUUUUGUGUGAUGUUUGAAACUAAUUUGCGGUUACAAGCUCGUUUUUGUGUGUUGUGUAGCCGGGUGCACAAAGUGCGGCAUCAUGCCCUUUUGUUGCCUGGGCUAGGUGCCUUAUUGAAUGCGAUUCAGGGAACUGCUCGCAAAAGUUAAUUAAAUCACACACAGGCCGGGGGAAGAAUUGCAAAAGAGAAUGAUCUAAUAGUGGGGAUGCAGAUGCAGAUACAGAUAUAGAUUUAUUUAUGCAUACACGAUGGGGCAUAGGCAUAAUUAUAGAGACCCGCUGGCACCACGAUCGUGGUUUUCGUGCGCAGGAGAAUCUGAGCUGCCAUCGCCAGUUGACAAUCUAAAAUCCCAGACUCAUCUCAACUCGUAAAUAAAAAACCCAAGAGCACUCCAUUCCAAACACUUCAGAGCAAGCGUGGCAGCCCAGCAAAGUGGUUCAGUUUUCAAGUGUUUGCCAUUGAUAUUACGGCCCACACAUAGCAACUGGCAACUGGCAACUGGCAACUGGCAACUAGCAACUCGCAACUUGCAACCAGCAACUUGCAACACCAAAACAGCUCAUGCCCACGUGUCCGGUCAGCAUGGCAUAUGGAGUGGGAUUCGGCCUCGUGAUCCUCUGGCUGCUGCAGAUUGCGCAUACGCAGCGUGGCCCCGUCGAGCACAUCGAGUUUUACAACGAUUACGGCCGCAACCACGACGAGGAAAGGCUCCACUACUCGCACCAGUACCACAUUUCCGACCUGGCCAGUCAGGUGCACAUCCUGCACCGGGAGCAGCGGCAGGGUGACCAGGUCUCCGGGUCCUACUCCCACCUGGAGCCCAAUGGCCACAUCCGCAGUGUGCACUACGAGGUGCGGGGCCCCAACAGGGGAUUCAGGGCCGUCGUGGAGCAGCGAACCGGGAACAGUCGGGUGCAUCAGGCCCUGGAAUUCCGGAGCAGGCAGCCGAUCCGGGCUCUGGCCCUCGCCGAGCCUGUGGCAUUUGUGAUUUAAGACAUCCAGCGGCGUGAAACCGGCCCGAAAAAAAAGGGAACAGCAAAUAACAAAUAACAACAAACGACAAGCGAAUUAUUUAUCUUGUUUUACGCAGUCGUAAUUUGCAAAAUGUUUAAUUGUCUUUCAAUGGCUUCGCUGACUUGUUAAGUGGAUUUCUAAUUUGAAAUUUA